AUGGGUAGCAAACUUUCACCCCUUCUGGCGAACGUCUUCAUGAGCGACUUUGAGGUAGAUGCUGAAAAGCAAAAGUUUUUCCCUCGAGUCUGGCGGCGCUAUGUUGAUGAUAUCUUCGCACCGGUGAAGGAACGCUACCUAGAGCAGACACUGAACAUGCUGAACUCCCGCCACAGCUCAAUUAAGUUCACAGUAGAAAGAGAAGUGGAUGGAAAAUUGCCCUUUCUAGAUUUGAUGGUCACCAGAAAGGAGGACGACACGUUGAAAUUCGGUAUUUACCGAAAACCGACAUCCACUGAUCGAUACAUCACCUCGGACUCCAAUCACUUCGGCGCUCAAAAGCAAGCCGCCUUCCACUCUAUGGCACACCGUCUCUAUAAUGUACCUAUGGAGGAAGAAGAGUUCGCUGAAGAAAAGGAACGUAUCUACAAGGCGGCGGAAGUAAAUGGAUACGAAAAGGAGUUCACCAGCAAAAUUUUACAAAAACACAAACGCAAGAAACGCCUACAGAACAUAACCACACUACAGCCGGAGAGGGAUGAAGCUAAGAGGAUUAGCCUACCAUUUUAUCCAAAAGUCACAAACCCAAUCAAAAACACACUCAAACGUCAAGGACUACACAUAGUACACAAAAGCGACAACACUCUACGCGACCUGUUGUGUAACCUUAAGGACAAGAUUCCGGCGGAUGAGCAGUCUGGAAUUUACCGAAUUCCCUGCCAGGAUUGUCCCUCGGUGUACAUCGGACAAACUCGUCGCAAAGUAAAAGUUCGCCUUAAAGAACACAAAAAUGCUGUCGACAACAAUAAAUCAAACGAUUCAGCUGUGGCGGCGCACACGACGGCCUCCAAUCAUCAAAUUGAUUGGAAAAGUGCGAAGCUCAUCAAAACAGUACGAAAACCCUCACACCUCAAUGCAUGGGAAUCAAUGCAUAUCAACAACACACAGGAACCACUGAUGAAUGAAGAUGAUCCUCCCAUCACAUCAUCUUUGUUCAACUUGACGAAGCUGAAAAUACAGUAA